CAUUCAGAACUUUGGCACCGGAAAGAAAACUGAACGUUGUUUGACUGUUUGCAGAUUCAGACUGGAAUUUCCUCUUCGUCGUCGGCGUCUUCUUCUUCAUGAAUCGCCGUUUCUCUCUGCGAUUCCGCAGCGAUUCUCGCACUGGGCACGUUCACUUUCAUGCUAGCAGAUCAAGUUGAUCGACAACUAUUUCAUUGGAGCUCAGAUUUUCCCUCCGUUAGCUUCCGGAAAGGCUUUUCAGGAUCAAGCUCGCCAAUUUUCUACCUCCAUUUUCCUUGUCGGGAUGCGAUGUUUCAUCGUCGAAGACUCCUGAAAUGAGGGACUGAUGAUAGUCUUAGAGAUUCUUGAUUCCGCGAAUCGGCAUCGCAGCUGAUUGGAGUUCUGGCUCUUCAGGGAAAGGACGGAGCCACAAAUUGGCACCUCUAAUCAAGAUGCAGACCGUAGCCCUAUCCCUGGCACCGGGAAUAGAUUCUUUCCCGAGCCUUAAACCCCCCAACAAAACCCUCACUUUCCACCGGAUUCUCGUUUUGAUCCUCACCUUCCUCGCCUAUGCUUCCUUUCACGCCUCCAGGAAACCCCCCAGCAUUGUCAAGAGUGUCCUGGGACCCGGAAUCGACUCCAAUGCCACUGCGUUCGCGUCCGACUUGAGCCGGGUGGCGUCGAAUACAACCUCAGAUGAUGCGGGUUGGGCCCCAUUUGAUGGCCCGCGGGGAACCCACCGGCUCGGUGAGCUCGAUCUCGCAUUUCUCUUGUCUUACUCGAUUGGGAUGUAUUUCGCAGGCCACAUUGGUGACAGAAUCGAUUUGAGGCUGUUCCUCGUGUUUGGGAUGAUGGGCAGCGGCCUUCUGACCAUAAUUUUCGGGUUGGGAUAUUGGUUCAGUGUGCACUUGUUAUUCUUCUUUGUAAGCGUGCAAAUAGUGUGUGGGUUGUUCCAGUCAAUUGGGUGGCCUUGUGUUGUGGCUGUGGUUGGAAAUUGGUUUGGGAAAUCGAAGAGAGGGCUCAUUAUGGGGUUGUGGAAUUCACAUACAUCAGUCGGUAAUGUUGUCGGGUCAGUGAUAGCCUCAGGCGUCCUUGAAUAUGGCUGGGGGUGGUCCUUUGUGGUGCCAGGGAUUCUGGUGAUCUUCAUGGGAAUUUUGGUUUUCUUGUUCCUUGUCGUGAGGCCCGAGGAUUUGGGGUUUGAGACCUUGGAAAAGGAUGUUGAAAUGGAUGUGGAGGGGAAAGAAGCUGCCAAUGCAGAGAAGCCCGUGGAAUCUGAAGAGGCAGGGCUGCUUCGAUCAGAUAAUAUGGAGAAUUCUGAUUCUUCUGAAGCGAUCGGGUUCUUAGACGCCUGGAGGUUGCCCGGUGUGGCACCUUUUGCUUUCUGUCUCUUCUUCUCGAAACUCGUUGCUUACACAUUCCUGUAUUGGUUGCCCUACUACAUCAGGCAUACAGCCGUUGCGGGCGUGCAUCUGUCGCACAAGACGGCAGGUAUACUCUCAACAAUAUUCGAUGUCGGGGGAGUAUUUGGGGGGAUCUCAGCAGGAUUCAUCUCCGAUAAGCUUGAAGCUCGGGCUGUCACCUCCAUACUCUUCUUGGUCCUAUCAAUGCCUGCCCUGAUCUUAUACCGAACAUAUGGAAGCAUAAGCAUGUUAGCCAAUGUGACCCUGAUGUUUAUUUCUGGGAUGCUUGUAAAUGGCCCUUAUUCCUUAAUCACGACAGCUGUGGCCACUGAUCUAGGGACUCAGAUCAAAGGAAAUUCCCGAGCCUUAGCAACCGUGACUGCAAUUAUAGAUGGCACAGGCUCUGUGGGGGCUGCACUCGGUCCGCUCUUAGCUGGUUAUAUCUCUACUAGAGGAUGGAACGGGGUGUUCUUGAUGCUCAUUAUAUCAAUUUCCUUUGCCAGCAUUUUCUUGAUUCGACUGGCAAUGGCCGAGAUUAGGGAGAAGUUGAGCGGAAGCAAAUGGUUUGAUUUGGGCACGACAUGAUAGUCUCGAUUUUUUUACAUGUAUCUGUUGUAUCAGAAAGCAGAUGAAUAUUCAUACAUGUAUUCUAGUUCUUGUUUUUUUUUUUUAAAAAAAAAAGAGUUUUCCAUCCCAUCUCUGUACACAUCACGGGAUGUAUAGAAAGUAGUUCAUAAUACAAAGGCUUUCUUUCGGUCCUCUCCUUUGUACAGGCUCAAUGUAGCCCCUUUUUCGACCAUCAGAAGAGUUGGAUAGAGAUUUGUAUUGGUUGUCAAGAUUAGAAUGUUACAAAUCUCGAA